AUGGAGCUCUUCAACAUCUCACAGGCCACCCGAAACGAGACCCACUUAAUCAUCCCAGCCGCUGCUCACUAUGUCAUCAUCAUUAUGUAUGCUAUGGCUACCGUCCUCUCCUUGAGUGGGAACGUGCUGGUCAUUUGGGUUCUGACCUUGGGCUGCAGAACCAGAACGGACAUCACCGACUUUCUCAUCAACCUGGCUGUGGCUGACUUGACUAUGGCCAUUUUCUGUAUUCCUCUGACUUUCACAGAGGCUCUCCUUCAGAAGUGGCUCUUUGGUGAAUUCCUCUGUCCUUUGGUUCGUUUCGCACAAAUCCUGUCGGUGUCUGUGAGUAUAUACACCCUAAUGACUAUCGGCGUUGACCGAUACUAUGCCGUUUGUCAUCCCUUGAAGUCUCGGAUGGGUCGAUCGCACAGCAAGAUCUUAAUUGCUGUCAUUUGGAUGAUAUCAUGUGGCAUUGCAUCUGCGCAGUUAGUAGUAACAAGGACAAAACCUGUGGACAGCGAGGCUGAGGUGAUCUGCUUGGAGAUUGGUUGGCCUAACAGUACCUACCAUGAAGUCUACACUCUCUUCCUAUUGCUUGUUACUUAUGUAUUACCCUUAUUGAUCCUGACCAUUACGUAUUGGAACGUGGGCAUGAAGUUGUGGGGUCGAAAGCCACCAGGCAACGUGGACAAAAACAGAGAAGCUCAACAGGACAAGUCAAAGCGAAAGGUUAUUAAAAUGCUGUUUAUCAUUGUGGCUGUCUUCGCGCUUUGCUGGCUACCGUUUCACAUCUUCAGUGUUACGUACGAAUUCAACCCAGAUGUGUUGCCGAAUGACCCCAUGGAUAUCACAGCCCUGUACUUCUUCUCUCACUACCUGGCCAUGUCACACAGCUUCUGGAACCCACUUAUUUACGGAUUCUACAACGACAAUUUCCGAGUGAGUCGAAAAUUUCCACGUUUCCCUUUACAACCAAUGGCUGUGCGCAGUGUGAAAUAG